GAGCUAUUCAACCUGCGGCACUCGAGUCUACGUAACGUUGUCGAGCGUACGUUUAGUAUGCUAAAGGAGCGCUUUAAGAUCCUUCGUAACACUAAUAGACCUGCCUUCGACAUAGAGAUACAGACGGCUCUUGUUUAUAGCCUAGUAUACCUGCAUAACUUCAUCCGCCGGACUAAUCUAUCGGACGAGCUGAUUGCUAAUGAGUUCAAGCGCUAG